GGUCAAUGGUCAUCAUGACCCUUUUCCUAAUAAAUCCACAAAGGGUUAGGCAUCAAAAAUCUUAAAUGGGUUACAUUUGUUCGUUACAACACGACCUGUAGCACUAAUUGAUAACACAGUGCUGACUCCGUGCGUGCUGCCAUUCGAUUUCGAUCCUCGUUAAAAAUCAUUUCUUAUCUCUUGUGAAGUGGAGCGACAGCGGAAAACUUGCCAGACAUACCGAAGGAAAACAAAUAGUAGCGACUAUCUGUACUAUCGGAAGUUGGUUUGCACUGGGAAACGCGUACGGCUGAACGCUCGCGGAAAGCAUGGCUCCGUUACGUUGGGGAAUGGUGGGAUGCGGUGAAAUUAGCAAUGAUUUUGCCUCUUGUCUGCAGAGUCUGCCAAGGGAAGAACAUCAGCUCGUAGCAGCAGCUGCUAGUGAUAAAGAGAAAGCGAAAGCGUUCGCCAAUGAUUUCGGAUUCCAGAAGCAUUAUGGAUCUUACGCCGAACUUGCGGCAGACCCCGAUGUCGAUACGGUGUAUAUCGGGACCAUCAAUCCGAAUCACUACGAAAUCUGCAAGAUGUUCUUGAAUCAUAACAAAAGAAUUCUGUGCGAAAAGCCGUUGACGCUGAAGUUGGAGCAUACAAAAGAACUAAUCGCUUUAGCGGAACAGAAAAAAAUAUUUUUUCAAGAGGCAUUCUGGAGCCGGUUUUUUCCGCUGUACAAGCAACUGCGCGAAGAUAUCAAGGCGAAAUCCGUUGGGGAAGUGAAGCUGGUCACGGCGAUUUUUGGCAUUAAGAUGGACGAGAAUCCGUCUGCCCAGCGGUUGGUGAAGAAAGAACUAGGCGGAGGAAGUCUCAUGGACAUCGGUGGAUACUGCACGCAGGCGAUUUUAUUAGCUUAUGGACCGGAAAUGCCGGAAAAUGUACAAGCCUGUGCGAUAAUGAACAAAGAAGGUGUGGAUCAGUCCGUUACGGUCACAUUACAAUGGAAGGAUGGAAGAAUGGCACAAUUUGCGACGACGUUUUUUGCCAAAGUCCCAUCUGAGCUGAAACUUUACGGCGAAAAAGGAUACAUCACGGUGAAACAUCCCUUUUGGAGCCCAACCGAUAUGGUUGUGACAGAAGUUAAAGAAAUUGACAAGGAUGAACGACAGCAGAAAUACAAUUUCCCUCUGCCCAAAGUGGAGCAUAAACUGGAGUAUCCCCACGGCGAAGGUAUGACGUACGAAGCCCAGGAAGUCUACCAGUGCAUUCAGAAAGGAUUGCUGGAAAGCCCGUUGUUUACCCACCAAGAAAGCAUCGUCUUGGCUACGAUUGAGGAUCGCAUCAAAAAAGCCAUUGGUCUCAGUUACGAUGAAUUGUAUGUUGGGCAAGGUGCACCUACUACUCAUCCCCAGUAAAUCGUUUGACAUAAAUAUUGCUUAUACUUGAUUUUUUUAUCGAUCUUGUACCGCGACUCUUCGAGCUGCAUGCUUUUCGAAUUAUGAUGUUCAUUCACCCAUUUAGUGUAAACUGUCUUAACAAUCUGUGUUCACUUUUGAACCGUUCAUAAAAAAUUAACCAGUAAAACAAUAAAAGAACAGGAACAGA